UACAGCAGGACUGUUCACCACAGUACAUCAGGUUUUCGGUUCAGUUACUCUUGAACAGACAAGGACUAAAAGCAUCAUGGCUUUUGCAUGCAACCCAUAUGUAAACCUCUACAAUGUUGGCCGUUUCCCAGUACUGAUGGAGGAUGGCUGCUGCAAGAAACCAAGCUGCUGCAAGAAACCAAGCUGCUGCAAACCGGCUUACCCCAACCCUUGUGUUAGCCCAUGCGCUAUUCCUUACGCUUACUCUUAUGCUUACCCUUAUGUUAACCCAUGCGUAAGCCCAUGUGCUACUCCAUAUGCCACUGCAUACGCUACUCCAUGUGCUACUCCAUGUGUUAGUCCUUGCAAAAUUCCAUGUGCUAGUCCUUGCAAAACUCCAUGUGCUAGUCCUUGCAAAACUCCAUGUGCUAGUCCUUGCAAAAUUCCAUGUGCUACUCCUUGCGCUACUCCAUGUGCUACUCCUGCUCCAUGUGUUACUACUUGCGCUACGCCAUGCGCCACUCCAUGCGCUAAUCCUUGCGGCUUUGUCGCUACAACCAGUGAAUAUGAGAGAAAGGAAGUCGUCGUCAAGGAACACGUGGACGAUUGCACGGGCACGCGAGUCUGUGAAGUCGAGAAUUCUCUCCUCCGGGUGUCUAAAGUCGACCUGCUCAAAUGCAGGACUGGACUGAAUCGUCUGGAGCAUCACACAAAUUAUUUCUUUGAGGACCAUCUCAUCGUCCGCAGAGGACAGUGCUUCAACAUGUGGGUUGAUCUGUGCCGUCCUUUCAAUCGCAGUUGUGACAAGCUUCACCUGGAACUCAAACUAGGUCAAAUUCCAUCCAUCCGGGACGGCACUUAUGUGAUGGUUCCAAUAGUGGAUGAAUUCAAGAAAGACUGCUGGGGGGCAAAGAUUGUGGAAACAGCACAAAACCGAAUCAAACUGUGUGUGAACUCCAUUCCGACUGCUUGCGUUGGACGAUACCAGUUCAGUGUCGUGACUCACUGUGCAGGAGGCAGAUUCGCUUUACCUUAUGUUCCUGAAAAUGACAUUUACAUGCUGUUCAACCCCUGGUGUAAAGAUGAUUGUGUGUACCUGAGUGAUGAGGCAGAGAGAGCUGAGUAUGUGUUGAGUAACAUGGGCAAGAUCUACUAUGGAACUAAGCAGCAGAUUGGCUGCAGAAAUUGGAACUUUGGUCUAUGUGAAGAGGGAGUCUUGCCUGCAUGUAUGCAUGUGUUGGAGAAGAGCUGUACCCCUUGCUCAGGAUGGGGAAGCCCAGUUGUCAUUUCCAGAGUGUUGUCUGACAUGGUUAUUGCCAAAAAAGACUGUGGUGUGCUGGUAGGUAACUGGUCAAGCUGCUAUGGAGAUGGAAUUGCUCCUACAUCCUGGUGCAGCAGCAGUUCCAUCCUAAAACAAUGGCACAAAUGUGGAGGAGUACCUGUCAAAUAUGGCCAGAGCUUGGCCUUUGCUGGAGUCACCAACACACUGUUGAGGUGUUUGGGUAUUCCUGUUCGUCCAGUCUCAAACUUCUGUUCUGCUCAUGACACUGAUGUUAGUUUGACAACUGACAUCUAUUUGGAUGAGAACUUUCAGCUGAUCGAUCACAUGAACCGUGAUGCAAUCUGGAACUACCACGUGUGGAAUGAGGCCUGGAUGAAUCGGUCAGACCUGCCCACUGGUUUUGGAGGUUGGCAAGUGAUUGAUUCCACUCCUCAACUGACCAGCCAGGGCUUUUUCCGCUGCGGCCCCACCUCUGUUGCUGCGAUCCGCAGUGGGCAAAUCUUCCUGAAGCAUGAUGUGGCCUCCCUUUUCACCGAAGUGAACAGUGAUAGAGUUUAUUGGCAGAGGAAAUGUGAUGGGACAUUUGGUGUUGUUCACGUUGAGAAGAAUGUAGUAGGUCACUGCAUCAGUACCAAGGCUGUCGGCUCAGAUCAGCGUAUAGACAUCACAAACCUCUACAAACACCCAUGUGGUUCUACUGAGAUGUGCACUGCUUAUGAAACAGCAUGUCGUCAUGGCUUGAAGAGAUGCGCAUACCCAUUGCCCUGCGCUGAGGAUGUUGUCUGUGAUAUCAGCCUGAAAGGGGACGGACCAUGUGUGGGCAGGGAUGCCGUGCUUUGCAUCAAUCUUAGAAACAAAUGCAGCUCACCUCGUACCGUCACCUUCUACAGCCAGGCUGCGGCCAUGUUCUACACCGGAGUCAGGAAGACCUUCCUCAGGAGAGACCAGACAUGCAUUGAGCUCAAGCCCUCUGAAUGCAGACCUCUGGACUGGACCCUGACUUAUGAUGAAUAUAAAGAGCACCUGGUGGAUCACGCCUCACUGAUGCUCAACCUCUUUGGACAUGUGACUCAGACUAAGCAGGUUGUGGCCACCCAGUACGGCUUCAGACUGCGCACACCAGAUCUUGUUCUCGCUCCUGCCUGUGAUGCCAUUGUGGGUCAAGAAGUGCCAGUCAAAAUCACUUUCCAGAAUCCACUGCCUUGUGUCCUGAAGAACAGUGUAUUUCGCUUUACGGGAUUGGGACUGCAGCAAGCCAGAAUUGUCAACUAUGGUGACAUUGCAGGACACGGCUCAGUGUGCCUGAAUGAGAAGUUUAUUCCCAGGUGUCAUGGCCCACAGAAACUUCUGGCAUCAUUCGAUUGUCCUCAGCUCACUCAGGUGCAUGGAUUCGCCGACGUUGUUGUCAAACAGCACUGCUAAUCCAAUAAAAUAACCAAAAUGGAGGAAAUGUCACUGUGCUCAUUCAGUGCUUACAGUGAAUUGAUUUGCAGAAAUAGAUAAUGGCUUAACCUACAAGCUGUAAACCUUAACUUUCUCACAGUCCAUUUAAUUAUGACGCAGGCCAACUGCAAUCAUGCUUUAUGCAAGACACUUUUGUCUUUCCAACUUUUUGAUUUUUCAGGAGUUUAAAUUGGCAUUUAUGAGUUUGAGAGAUUGCAAAUGUCAUUCUAAAUAAUCAUUAACCAUAACGAUUUUUUUCUUUCUAUUAAUUUUUCUUUGUUUUCCUCAUUUGAAAACUCAUGUAAUUGUUUCAUGGUGUUGGUUACUCUGUCCUGUGU